AUGGCGGGCAUGCUGAAAGGGUUCGGAUUCGGGUUAGGACCAUGGGCCAGGAAAAGGAUCGUCGACCCGCUUCUCCAAAUACUUCGCAGGGGAGCGGAGCCAAAGCAAUUGGCAUUUUCAGGGGCUUUAGGGAUCACUUUGGGCGUCUUCCCCAUAUGUGGGGUUACCGUGUUUCUCUGUGGGAUGGCAAUUGCAGUGCUGGGAUCUCUUUGCCACGCUCCAACUGUGAUGCUGACUAAUUUUAUCGCUACUCCAGUUGAAUUGAGUCUGGUGAUUCCAUUUUUACGCUUUGGUGAAUUCAUUACUGGUGGGCCUCAUUUUCCAUUAACAUCUGAUGCUUUCAAGAAGGUGUUGACUGGCCAAGCUUCACGAGAAGUCGUGCAGAGCAUUGUCCAUGCAUUGUUGGGAUGGGUUGUUGCUACACCAUUUAUCAUGGGCACACUCUACAUACUAUUAUUGCCGUGUUUCAAGAUCUUGGUUCGUAAAUUCAGCACCGGUUCUUCAAGCCCAAAGAAGCCACCCCACUUCCACACAGAAGUCAGGCUAAAAGUCAGGGAUGUAUGA